UUUGAUUAUCUCCAAGUUUCUUCUUCUACAACCGCACCAUGGGCCAAGAAGCGACACCAACACGGCAGCCCUAUACGGGCUCGUGCCAUUGCGGCGCAGUCAAAUACAUCCUCUAUCUCACGCUGCCGCACGACCCGCCGCCCGCAUCGCAGCGAAGGAAUCCGGACGGCAGCAUGCGGCAGAUCUUCUACCGCUGCAACUGCACCACCUGCCACAAGGCGGGCCUGCUGCACAUCCGCCUGCCCCACCCGCCGGACGACUUCCUUCUCCUAGCGCCCCUAGACCCGCUGGGGGAGCUGGGCGACUACCAGUGCUUCCGGAAAGCCGCGCACUUCUUGUUCUGCAAGACCUGCGGCGUGCGCUGCUUCACGAUCGUGGGAGAAGGAGAGCUGGUGGAGAAGGUGGUGGGGGAGUCGGGCGAGAAGAGGACGGUCUGGUGUCCCAAGAAGGGCUGGGUGGAGAGUCCGACGAAUUACUUCAGCGUCAACGGCUACACUCUGGACGCUGGGCAGGAGGGGCUUGAUCUGAGGGACUGGACGGAGAAGAAAUGGCUCAUGUACGCUGACUGCUUGCAGGACAGACCGCCUGAGCUGAGCUGGACAUAUGACAGGCCAUUUCCGGGCGGUGCCUACUGA